AUGAUGGAGAGGAUAAGAAAGGAGAUGAUAUUGAUGGAGAGAGGUCUGCACAGUCCUGUGGCCGGGAAGAGGCUGGCAGACACGCCGGGGAACUCUGUCCUGGAGGCCCUGGAGAACUCCCAACACGGAGGGCGGCUGAGCCCGAGAAUAACUUCCGCCUCCAUGCACGACCACCCGACCAAAGGCAAGUUCGAGAUCGAGAGUCUUUUCGGGACGCACCACAGCAACAGUGAGAACAGCUCCGGGCAGGACAUCUCCUCAUCAGAGAGCAGAAAGAAAAUGAGUCUUUAUUCUGAGGUUUCCCAGGAAUCCGACAUCAACAGCGAUGUGGAGGUGGGAUGUCCUGCGCACCGCUCCCCGAGCCAGCACAAAGAAAACAACAAGGGGUUUUCAGACAGUAACUCUGCCUCCUCCAACAUGAGCUCCAACUCCCUGUCCGCCAUGAACGGGGGCUCCACGGGAGCCUCCAACAACUCCAACUCGGACCAGGUCAGGAGGUACCGGACUGCUUUCACUCGGGAACAGAUCGGGAGGCUGGAAAAGGAGUUUUACCGGGAAAAUUACGUUUCCAGGCCGAGGAGAUGUGAAUUAGCCGCAGCUUUAAAUCUGCCAGAAACUACAAUUAAGGUGUGGUUCCAGAACAGGCGCAUGAAGGAUAAAAGACAGCGUUUGGCCAUGUCCUGGCCUCACCCGGCAGACCCCAGCUUCUACACGUACAUGAUGACGCACGCGGCCGCCACGGGGAGCCUACCGUACCCCUUCCACUCGCACAUGCCUCUGCACUACUACCCGCACGUCGGCGUCACGGCGGCGGCAGCGGCGGCCGCGGCCACCAGCGCCGCCUCGUCCCCUUUCGCCACAUCCAUCCGCCCCCUCGACACCUUCCGGGCCCUGUCCCACCCGUACUCACGGCCGGAGCUCCUGUGCAGCUUCAGACACCCUGGACUGUACCAGUCGCCCGCGGGACUCAACAGCUCCGCGGCGGCUUCCGCGGCGGCCGCGGCGGCCGCUGCUGCGGCGGCGGUGAGCGCGCCCUCGGCCUCCGGGCCGUGCUCGUGCCUCAGCUGCCACAGCAGCAGCCAGGCGGCCGGCGCGCUCGGCUCCAGGAGCGCGGGGGCCGACUUCACGUGCACGGCCUCCGCGCAAAGGUCCGAGAGUGGAUUUCUGCCGUAUUCCGCCGCUGUUCUCAGCAAGACGUCAGUCCCGUCACCAGACCAGCGGGAGGAAACUUCUCUCAACAGAUAACUCCCUGAGCACAAGACGACCCGGUCCUGCAGGUCGCUCUUUUUAUUGGGGGAGGCCAUUUUUAAAUAUCGCGCACACGGGCAAAGCAUCUGGGAGCGCUGUAAGCACAUUUCUCUUCAAGCCCGGUUCAC